UACACCACCAUGGCUGAUAACAGUCUACCGUAUAACAUUGAAGAUUUCACACGCAUCGAGUGUACCGGUGAAAAAUUCUCCCAUAAAUACCGACUGCAUUUCAAAUGCUUUUCUGUAAAAGUUUCUGAAUUAGAAAAAGUGCCGUUUUCGGAAGUACCAGUUGUAAUAACGCUUAUUUUGGAGCAUAUAUUAGACACUCUUUUGGAAGACGUGGGACCAGAUGAAAUGGUAAGAAUGCGACUUGAUUCUGGAUCUCUGAAUCGACCAAUAUGGACGCCACCUAUUGCACGGUCGCAGCUAACGGUAGCACGAUGGAUGGCAGAGGUUGCGCGCGUACUGAAUUCGUACGAAGAAUUUGUUAUCGACGAUUCCUUCGAAAUUUCAUUGCAAUACACCAACAUUCCAAAAGGUAGCUGCAACCGAGACGUGCCGCAGCUUCUACGCCGAAGGUUGGAAAAAAUGAAAUCAGUGGUUGUUAUUAAAAAUACGGAUAAAAUCUGCCUGGCCCGUGCCCUUGUUGUUGGAAAAGCGCAUGCCGACGGAAACAAAAGCUUGUACCGGAAGCUUAUACGUGGUAAAAGAUUGCAGACCAAGGAAGCCCAGUUUCUCAUCACCCGAGCGGGAUUUAAAGAACAGGAAUUUAACCUUCGGCACCUUCAUAAAUUCCAAGAAAUUCUUCCUCAGUAUCAGAUCAUCGUGGUCAGUGUGGAUCAUGCAAACCUCAUAGUGUUCAGCGGAAAAGUUCAACCCAAGCAAAUCAUUUUGCUGCAUCACGAUCAUCACUUUGACGUGUUAAAAUCUUUAGCAGCCUUUUUUAGAAAAAAGUAUUGGUGCUACGCGUGUAAUAAGGGUUAUUCGGAACGCGCUGAUCAUCGCUGUUCCAAUAUGUGCAAGUGCUGUUUGAGGUCAUCUUGUCCGUCUGAUCCAUGUUCUAUGGUGCACUGCAACGACUGCAACCGUGCCUUUUUCGGACCGGACUGCUACGCUCACCAUAAGAUUGGACCAAUGAAAGGGCGGCCAAAACGAAGGAGCAUUUGCAGCUUGAUCCAAAUCUGUAAAGAUUGUUUACGGAUUGUCUCAAUGAAGCGAAGGAAAAACGGUAACACUCAUCAGUGUGGUGAGAUUUUCUGCAAGACGUGUAAAGUGCAUGCUCUACCCGACUCACAUCACUGCUUUAUGAGACCACAUCAAGUCAAUGCGGAAGAACUGGAGCUGAACGAAAACGCCAGCUUUUUAUACUUCGACUUCGAGACUUAUGUCGGAGAGAACAACGAUUUAGUUCCUAAUUUGGCGGUGGUACAGGAUGAUGACGGUAACGAAUGGGUGUUUCCGGCGGAAGACGCACCUUUGGGCGGGGAUGUGACUGAUGCAUUAUGUACCUUCUUGUUCAACGAAGAGCACAGAGAUCACUUCAUCAUUGCCCAUAAUUUUAAAUCGUUCGAUGGCUAUUUCAUACUCAACUGGCUACUAAAAAAUGGAGUGGUUCCAAAAGUCAUUCUCAAUGGUGGCAAAAUUCUACAGCUGGAUGUACCUUUGCUGAAUAUACGUUUCCGGGACAGCAUUAAUUACAAUCCUCAGAGCCUCGCAAAAUGGCCGGCAACUUUUGGGUUACCAGACAUCAGCAAAGGGACUUUCCCACAUCGCUUCAACCGCAAAGAAAACUGGGAUCAAGUUGUUCCCUUUCCGUCGAUGGAUGAGUACGGUUAUCAAGGAAUGAAUACCAAGUCCAAAGACUCAUUCCGAGAAUGGUAUGAAAAAGAAAAAAUGGAGAAGAACAACAUUUUUGAUUUCCGUCAAGAAUUCGUACAGUACUGCAAGAUGGACGUUACUGUUUUACGGUUAUGUUGCCAGCAGUUUAGAAAACUGUUUCAAGGAAUAAGCAAAGGGCUGUGCCCCUUCGUCUCGUCCUUAACAAUUGCCGGUUUGUGCAACAAGUACUGGCGCACAUUCAUGCUGAAACCAGAACAGAUUGGACUGUUACCACACGGUUUAAACGCAAGAAAUCGCCACCAGUCAGUAAAGGCCAAGAAAUGGCUGUCCUGGAUGGAAGAGGACGGAAAUUGUGAGAUCCAAUCGGUCAUCAACGGUUCCGAGCACAACAUUGGACCAUACCAUGUCGACGGUUACAGAGAUGAUAUUCACAUGGUUUAUGAAUUUUACGGCUGCAGGUUUCAUGGCUGCCCAAAAUGCGUCGCCCCAACAACCCUGCACCCUUUCCGUGACAUACCAAUGUCCGAAAUUCAUAAAGAGACGCUCGAUCGCGAGGAGUACAUUCGAGGACAAGGAUACAAUCUGACUUGCAUUUGGGAGCAUGAGUUUGAUGAAGAACUGAAAUCAAAUCCUGAAAUGAAAGCUUUUGUCUCCCGCCUGCAGUUCAUGGACCGAUUGGACCCGCGCAACGCUUUCUAUGGUGGUCGAACGAAUGCGGUUAAACUUCUCCACAAAGUAGACGGUGACGAACAAAUCCGUUAUUACGAUGUCAACAGCGAGUACCCGUUCGUCAACAAAAACAAGCGGUAUCCUGUUGGUCAUCCCAUUAUCAUAACUAAGAAUUUCCUCGAUAUUCGAAACUACUUUGGAGUGGUGGUGUGUGAAAUGCUUCCACCUGGGAAUCUGGCCUAUCCGGUUUUACCUUACCGCUGUGGCGGCAAACUGACAUUCCCUUUGUGCCGAACGUGCAUGGAGAAACAUCUUAACACCAAAUGCGAACAUGCGGAUUGUGAACGUGCCAUUACUGGUACCUGGUGCACGCCGGAAAUUUUGAAAGCGCUUGACUGUGGAUAUGGCGUAGUCAAAAUCUUUGAAGUCUGGCACUUUGACAAGCAUGAAGACCGACUGUUCGAAGGUUAUAUUAAUCAGUUCCUUAAAAUCAAAACGGAGUCCAGUGGAUGGCCCGCAGAAAUUCAGACGGAAGCGCAGAAACAAAAGUACAUUGCGGAUUUUAAAGAACACGAAAACGUUGAUUUGGACUAUGAAAAAAUAAAUUCGAAUCCAGGUUUAAGGGCACUAGCCAAGCUGUGUUUGAACAGUUUUUGGGGCCGCCUGGGAAUGCAGGACAACAAAUUGAACACCAUGUAUAUCAGUGAACCUGAAAAGUUUUACAGUAUGCUAUUGUCGGGAAAGCACCACGUGAAUUCUUGGGAUUUAUUCACGGAAGAAAUUGUUCAAAUUACGUACACAACCGAACCCGGAUUUGUCGACCGUAAUCCUAAUACGAACGUCAUUCUUGCAGCAUUUACUACCUGCUGGGCGCGACUACAUUUACUGAAGUUUAUGGAGAUGGUUGAAGGUCGACUGCUGUAUUUUGAUACCGACUCAAUAUUUUUUGUGACUCGUCCGGGAGCUGUUGAUCCUCCUACCGGAAUUUUUCUCGGUGAUUUAACAAACGAAUUGAAGCCAGGACAAUACAUAACACAGUUUGUCAGUCUGGGAGCCAAAACCUAUGCCUACGUUACCAACGAUGGGGCCAGCGUUGUCAAAGUUAAAGGUUUCACCAUAAACGGACGCACUAGCGAGCAGAUCAACUAUACAACGAUGCUGGACAUGCUGGAAAACCGCAACGUAGUCGAUAUAUUGUAUAAACCAUGGAGUUUCUUGACUUGUUGGCACAAAAACGACCGCAAGGAGGAUUUACAAAGCGAAAACGCCCAGGAGCCGAAGACGAUACCAACCCGGAAGCAAAGAAAGCUAAAGGUGGCGCACUAAUAGAAGGUACGCCAACGCAUCCACGCUUUGCUUUUACACAGAACGGCAAGCCGGUUUAUCGACUGGGCAACGACAAGUUCGUGUAUGUUGGUACGAAUACGGACGCAAAGAAAAGUACGAUUCGCGUUGUUUUCGGGGAAUGGAAAGAACAGCCUGAUAACUCCUGGAAAGCGACUUGGGGGAAAAACAUUGUGCUCUCCAAGAAAGGAUUUCUCCGUUUGGCGGCUCUUAUGCUGACUGGAAAAUCCGACAUGGACGAGACUGCCCGCGCCAGUUCAGCAGAAACAGGGAGGUUGACACCAUUGUACUUACUAGAUGGAAGUAUGUAUUUUGGUUGGAGUCGUUUCAGCAACGCAAACGUGGCUACGAUUCGUCGAUUCAAUGUGAAAGCUGGCGACAUGGUCCCGACCCGUUACGGUAUUUCGUUCGGUGAGCGCUGUUAUGACGGACUGAAGGAACUGCUGAAGGAUCUGCAGUUGAUUAAAGACAUUGCCAAGAUUCAGAAGGAAAGUGGCACUGAGGAUCCGAUUUUGGAAGGUUUAGCGUACACUGAACUGGAUGAAAACAUAGCUGAUGCCUUGGUUCCACUGGUAAAACUGAUGGACGACGGGACUGGACCGAAGAAUUACACCGAAAAUUACCGCCCAUCGGAUGCUGAAUGGAACGGAGCUAAAGAACGUCUAUUGGAACUGCGCAUUGUGCAUGGUAUCUUGUUUGGGUUAGAAAAGCUGGGAAUUGAGCAAGCUCUGGAAAUGGAUGUGGAGUCUUAUUUAAUGUUGCAUGAGAAUCGUAUUCGUGGAAAUGUUGGGCGCACUAUUGCAGCGGAUAAUUGUUGACGUGUUAAAUUGGUUAGCAAUAUAAACCGGCACUACUUGUUUUCAUAUUUUUAUUUCAAUAAACGCUUGCAUAUUUGCCAAAGCAGAGCCCCAUCAAUCAUGUUUGUAUUUAUGUCGAAAAAAGAAUUGACAUACUGA